AUGCUAAUUGUAAUUUUUAAAGUUGAUCGUGAACGAAAAUUACUUGUUCCACCACCCUUCAAUGUUUCAAGUCUCAAGGAAUAUAUCAUGACUUCUUUAACAGAUGCUAUUGAAAAAAGUUCGCGUCAUCUUCGUGAUCCAACCGGUGGUACAUAUGCAAAUUGGCUUGUACCAUUACUUCAAUUAGUUGAUGCUUUUCUUGUUAUGGGAACACUUGAAGUAAAUGAUAUUCAACAAUUAUUACGUUUAAUUGAUCCAACAUCAUUUGGAUUAGAAAAUGAAGAAAAUUUUACUGAAGGUUUACUUGAAAUGACAUUAGAUGAACCAGUUAAACUUCAAUUGUGUCAUAUUUUACAACAUUUAUGUGAUUAUCAAUUACAAUAUCGUAUUGAAAGUCUUAUUACAUUUUCCGAAGAAUUUGUUGGAAGAUUACAAGCAGAUCAAAAACGACGAUAUCAAGUUUUAAAAGAAUCAAGUUUACCACCAGCUUUAAUGGCAAAAAAAACUCGAGAAUUUCGUUGUCCACCUAAAGAUCAAAUGCAAGCAUUACUAAAUUUUAAAAAUGAUUUAAAUGAAACAAUUGUUUUUAAUGAAGAUAUAGAAGAAGAAAUAAAAAAUAUGUUAAAAAUUUUCCAUUCAAAUUUACUUGUUUUACAACAAGUUGUUGAGACAAGACCUGUGAUUUAUCAACAAUUGAAUGUAAAUGAAAUUGAUCGUAGUGAACAAAUUUCAUUAUUUUCACGUUUACUUGAAAUUCUUAUACGACAUGCAAUAAAACAGAAGCAAGAAGAAAAUAUUAUUAUUGAAAAACAAUUAACAUUGAAAUCAGGAAAAACUCUUUGUGAUGUAAUUAAAGAAACAGUUAUUAAAUGGGGUCGAAUAACACAUAUUAAUGAUCCAAAUUUAAUUCGAGAAAUGUUUAAAUUAAUUUAUAAUCAAUAUGAUGGAAUUCAGCGGGUAAAUACAUCUUUUAUUUUUUUAGCAAAAUCUCUAUUUUUGUCCUACUGA